AUGCCCGACCUCCCACUGUUCUAUCCCGACGUCGGGGUCUAUCGUGACGAGUGCUUCAACGAAAUCACGACGCUCCACGUCCCGUCUCAGUCUGGCACGAGUAAAAUGUCUAUUACGCACCAAGGGUCUAGCAAAGAGGUGUAUUCCUUUAGUGGAGGACACAGGAUACGACGCUUCAUGAAGGGCGACACUGUUCUCUUCACUGUUGUCGGAGAUCCCGCGGCGGGUGAGGUGGUGUGUGAGGACAGGAGGGGCAAGGAGAUCUUGAAAGUCCACUCGAGCCUCAACUGUGAGCGUAUGCCGUCUCGUCACAAUGUUGAGGCUGACGCCAUGCCCUUACGCACCUCCCUGCACAUCGUCUUAACUCUCACGACACGAUACAUCUCAUACCUCUCUCCACAUCGUCCUCCCCUCCACAGCCGAGACGACCGCUUUGGCGACGCGUCCGAGAUCUUCAUCUACCCAAACGACAUCCUCGCCACUAUCGACCGCUGUCCGAUCGAUCCUUGGAGCGCCGGGCGAAAGUAUGAGAUCAAGAUUGCUCCUGGUGUCGAUACGGCCAUGAUUGCCAUGCUGUGUGUUGUGUUUGACGCGGCCAUCCAUGGAGCAUAG